AAACAGGUCUUCUUUGAAAUCACAUGAUCCACAGGAAAGCAGGUGUUGUCUGUAGUAUAUAAAUGAUCUGAUCUUGCUGUUUGUUAGUUGGAGAAAGAAGGACUUUUAAAAACAGAUAAUACUUAGCAUCAAACCUGAAAGAGACCUGGUCUGGAAACAGUCAUGACAGAUUCACAGCGAAUCUCACAUGGAUUUGAGAGCCUCAUAAAUGAAAGUAUCCAAAUUCACCAUGGAAAUCCUGCGCGAUAUUGUCUGAAAUCAACAACAAAUAAUCUGGAUCAAUCUAAGUUAUAUAGAAAAAUCACCUUUGGAGAAAGAGACACAGAUAAACCUCAUAAAAUCAUACUGAUGGUGGGAGAAACAGGCAGUGGAAAAACAACUCUCAUCAAUACUAUGAUCAACUACAGCUGUGGUGUUCAGAGAAAAGACAAAGUUUGGUUUGAGAUCACAGAUGAGCAGAGUAACACAGCAUCAGUUCACAGUCAGACCUCCAUCAUUACUGUCUAUGGUGUUUAUAUACAAGAAACUUCAGUUGAUUUAACAAUCAUUGAUACACCAGGAUAUGGAGACACACGUGGAGCUGAUCGUGAUAAACAGAUUGCUGCAAGUUUGUUAUAUUUAUGUAGAUCUGAAGAUAAAAUCAAUGAAAUUAAUGCAAUGUGUUUUGUGAUGAAGGCAGAUCAAAAUCAACUUUCUGACAGACGACAAUACUUAUUUAAUGCUGUUCAGUGUUUAUUUGGUAAAGAUAUUGUUGAUAACAUUGUGUUACUCUUCACACACUCAACUGGUGCUUGUCCUAAAAAUGCCCUGACAGCCAUCAAGGAAGCUAAAAUCAAGUGUGCUGUAGAUGAGAAGAAGAAUCAGAAGAUCUAUUUUCUGUUUGACAACUGUCAGGAAGAAACAUUUGAUGAGGAAGACCAAACAAUCUAUGAUCAAGCAUGGGAUCUCAGUUUUGGAGGAAUGACAGAGUUUUUCAAGUUUCUUGACAUGAUACGACCAAAAACCUUACAGAUGACCAAAGAUGUGCUGAAACAACGGAAGCAGUUUGAAGCAAACAUCUCAAAUCUACAAUCACGUGUUAAGAUAAUGGAACUAAAGCAAAACGAGCUGAAACAAACCCAAAAUGCUCCGGAUAAACACAAGAAGGCUUUCAAUAAUAACAAAUUUGAGUAUGAAGAUGAAGUGUCCUACAGAGAUAAUGAUCCUGCUGUAGCUAAAGAGGCACUGACCUGUACCAUCUGUGAGGAGAACUGUGACUGUUCUGGAUGCUGGUGGAUUACUGAACUCUUAUGUUGUAUUUUAAUGAAAAAUAAUCACUGCACAAUGUGCACAAAUAAAUGUCACAACAGCAAACACAUUGAAGAGGCCAAAAUAUAUGUAGAAAAAAAUGAGACAAAGACUGAUGUUGUGAAGAAGCAAACUUUUGACAAGCUGGGAAAAAAACUACAAGAAUUAUGGGCAUUUCACACAAUACGUGGCAGUCGCGGGUGUCUAGUCAAUUUUUAAUAAAAGACAUGCGGAAAGCGGUUACAGAGAUUGAGUCAGUAUGCUUGUGCAUCCAAAAUACUGCCCCUUCGUGACAUGGCUACCCUGUCUGUCAUCCACUCCAGAUGUUGUGUCAAUGACAACAAUAUGGGGUGUGCAUUUGAGAGGCAAUCUGAUCUGACUUUUGUCUGAAACGGCAAUGAAAUUUCAAUAAAAUUGUGCAAAUGUCUUUUCUUCGUAUUUACUGAAGAGAAACCAAACCAGCGAGCUCUUAAGAGUAUAAGCAGUGAAUGGCGUUAUCCUUUACGCUUUAUAGACACCUUAAAAGUUUGUAAACAUUGCAAUGUCUGCGGGUGGGUGGGGCUUAGCAGGAGGGAAAAAGAGGUGCGGAUGCAAUGAUGACAGCACGUCUUACGAGGGAUUUAUUAAACUUGGAUGCAGAAGAAGGUUCAGAACUGUCCAAAUAUGUACAGUCACUGACUCUGCCGGACUGUGACAGCUAUUUUUGUAAAUGAACUCUUGCAGUUUUAGCAAGGUUUUGGAUAUUUUCUUGACAACAUAUAAACUACUUUCGGGUGGUUUGGGGAAUUUUGUCAAGGCCUAUUGUCCAAUGUAACCUAUCGCUGGGCUUACUAUGAUUAGCCAUGUGGAUUAUUUUAACACUCUGAGGUCGACUGCGGCGCAAGCUUUUUAUUUUUCAUUCACUCUGCAAAGAGACUUAGAUAACGCUGUUGAUUUUGGACAUACAUAUAUGAUUUAUACAUCACUUAAAAUGUUAAAGUGUCUAGUAUUUUUCUGUCCCCUCCCAAUAAAAACAGAAUGUUGUGCUUGUCGCAAAAUUAAGAAAAUAAACAUGAUGCGCGUUUUGUUCUCUCUCCCUUAGUGAAGUCCUUUCUCAAACGCGUCAGAAAAAUAAACUGUAACUUAACGAAUACUUGUCAUAGAAACAAAAGAUAAAUGUCUACAUAAUGCUUGGAAUGUCAGCUUUUAAAUGAUGUAAGUGAGAUCAAAAACAGAUAUUGUCAUUCAGUGUAAACUGUAUGAGAAGGAGGAGAAGUAUUGUCUCUCUCUUGUUACCUGAUUAUCCUACUCGUUCUCACCAAG